CUACAGUUGCUAAAGUGAUUGACAAAUUUGAGGAUGAAACUGCAGAUGACAUUUUCCCUGUUGGUAAUAUACGGAAAAAAGCGUCAGCCUCUCUCUUGGAAGCUGAUAAAAGGUACAGUGGAAAAGCUACAUCUCGCAAAGCCUUGCAAGAAGAACUCUGGGGAGAUGCUCUGUCUGAAGGAGGAUCUGCUGAAGAAGCAUUAGAUGAAUGGUACAGCGGCAGUGAAGAUUCAGAAGAGAAUGGCAGCUUAGGCAGUAAAACAAAGGAGAAGCCGAGCAGUGCUGGCAGUGACCGGGAGGAUGACUUGGAAGACGAUGAAAGGUCAGAUCUGUCUGUUGAGGCCAAGGCACCAAAGUUCAGCUUCCAGAAUAUCACAGACUUCGAGAAAUUUACAGAGGGGAUGGAUGAUGUAGGAAGCAGCGAGGGGGAAGAUGAAGAUGAAGAUGAUAACAGCAUGGAAGAAGGAAGUGAUGAGGAGGAAUAUGGGAGUGAAAACCAUGACAAUGUAAAGGAAACCAAAGACAGCGAAGAUGAUGGGGGGGUGAUGACAUUCUCAAAAGGACAAGAGACUGAAGAAGUAGAAAAAGGAAAAGCUGUGAAGAACCAGCUAGCACUGUGGGAUCAACUAUUAGAAGGCAGAAUCAAGAUGCAGAAGGCGCUCAUAACAGUCAACCGGCUUCCACAGCCAGAUACUUACCCAAUCUUCAGAAAGGAAGGUGGACAAGAAUUUGACACUGCUGUUGAGAACUGUUGUAAAGCCCUGGAGGCAUUGCUGAAAGUAUUAGUGGGCCUUCAGGAUGAGCUGCUUUAUCAAUACCCAGGCACGAGGCACCUGGUAGAUGGAAAGCAAUCAAAAACUGAGAGUGAUGAUGAAAUCCCUAGCAGUAGCGAUGAAGAGCAAGUGGAUAAGGCUGAGGAGAAGAGGAGGAGCCUCCCCAAACGAAAGCUAAAGCUGGAGGACUACCCCGAAUUCAUAGCCAAGCGGUAUGCUGACUUCAGGACGUAUCGGAACAACAUCUUGCAGAAGUGGCAUGAAAAGACAAAGCUGGCAUCUGGCAAAAUGGGAAAGGGUUUCGGUGCCUUUGAGCGUUCAAUCUUGACUCAGAUUGAUCAUAUUAUGAUGGACAAAGAGAGAUUACUACGGCGGACACAGACCAAGCGAUCAGUGUAUACAGUGCUGGGAAAGCAGGAACAGGAAUCUCAUCCGGUCCCUGAAUCUUUGCCUGAAAAUUCGGAAGUCCUCCCUCAGUCGGAUUCCAACAGGCACCUGAAGGACAUAGAUGAGGAGAUAUUUGAUGAUGAUGACUUUUAUCACCAGCUCCUUCGAGAACUUAUAGAACGUAAAACCACUUCAUUGGACCCCAAUGACCAGGUAGCCAUGGGCAGGCAAUGGCUGGCCAUCCAGAAGUUACGAAGCAAAAUAAAGAAGAAAGUGGACAGAAAAGCCAGUAAAGGAAGGAGAAUCCGGUAUCAUGUCCAUAGCAAGCUGGUGAGCUUCAUGGCACCUAUUGACCACUGUACAAUGAAUGAUGAUGCCAG